AACUUCCUUCGGUCAGGAGAUCUGUACGGUACCUCACAAAAUGAUAAACGUACUCCUGUCUUGGCGCCAUAUGGAGUGGGUCAUUCAAAUCAAUGCAGACGAUUGGCUCUUUCUCACCAGCCUAAUCACUACGCUCUACCUGCUCUACGUUUCCUGCACGAACGGCGUACGAUUCAAGAAGAUCUUUGGAUGGGUCUUCCUUGGGUUUGUGGAGUCGAUAGUUUUGUUCAUCCGCGGUAACCGCGAAGGUCUAGAUUUAGCUGACAAACAACGGUUGUUGUUUCUGUGGGCUGCCCAAGUAUUUACCUGCUUUGUGCUAUCUUUGUGGUCAUUGCAGGACUCAAGUCUGGAACUGGGCGAGUCCCUCAAGAAAGGUUGAGCAAAAGGCUGUUGAGCCUCGAGGUCAUCAACGGUUAAGCAAGAUCCGGGUAUAAUGAACGGCUGAGGUGGUUUGGUCUUGUUCGACGAGAUUGCUGCCGAGAUGGAACAUAAUAGCACGCUAUAGAGCCUAUGGGACCUCGAAACCAAAUCAUUGGCUUGAAUAAAGGUCCCAUUGGGUACCCAGUGUCGGCUGGAACAUACCAAAACAGUCGAACGCGACCAACGUAACUAAGUUCCUGCCGUAAGCGUUCCUAGGG